GAGAAAUGUAUGGGCGGCGAAAUUCGGUGACUUUUCAAAAAAAAAAAUCGCGAUCCUUUUCUCGAAUGAUGCCGCUAAUCGUAAAAUAAAAAGGAUAAACUAUAAUUGAACUAGCAAAUCAACAAUAAAAUAAUAUUUAUGUUUAACCGUCAGAGCAUAAUACAUUUGUGACUCGAUGUAAACCGGAUAUAUGACAAUAAAUUGUACUACUUGUAACACUAGUUUCGAUUUUGUUUUGACAUUGAAAAUAAAAUUUGUUUGAACGUGAAGUUUUUUUUUUUUAUUUGGUGAUAAUCAUGAUUUGAAUUUUAUCGUGGAUUCACAAUCAAUAACAAAAAUAAUGUGUUUAGUGUAAUUAAAUCCCUAUCAAACCAAAAUUAGUGAGUUUUGUUAACUUUUCUCUACCAAAAAAAAAGAGAAAAAAAAUUGAAAAUUCUAUGUCAGCCAUUUUGCCAUCUAUUAACGAUACGCAGUAAAAUAUAAAAUCAAAAGUAAUCGUCCAGCGGUUCAACCAUCAAAUAUUGUGUGUAUGAUAAAAUCAUUGAAAAAUUCAAUGUGUUGUUCAAUUUGGUGAAAUUUUCAAUAGAAACACGUCACGAUAGUGUCAAAAAAUUCAUUGAAAUUUGUCAAACUUUCAUUCGGAUCGGGCGAAUAUCAGAAGACGCUCGCCGCCGCCAUUUUCAGGUCACCAUAAAGCCUGUACAUUUUUGUGGCUUGUAUUGUUCUGAUUCGAGUGUUACCCCGUAUCUAUGCGGAGAAUUACACAACAAAAAAUCAGAUUCGACAAAACAGGAUAAAUAUACAGUUUCGGUGAUGAUUUUUUUUAGCUGACUAUAUACAAAUCAAGGGUCUCAGUUUGACGACAAUAGAAAGCCAUGCAGCAAGGCACUGAAACACCUGCAUCAAAUUCUACCGGUUUGUCAAAGAAAAUGGACUCAAAGGAUCCCCCACCACGUGUUGAGCCAGCCGUCGAAGCAGUAAAUGGUAUCAUUCAACCACCUGUUGUUCCACCACCCGAUCGACCCGGUCGCAACACAAAUCAACUGCACUUCCUUUUGAAAACGGUCAUGAAAGCGGUGUGGAAACAUCAGUUUUCGUGGCCAUUCCAGCAGCCAGUAGAUGCGAAAAAGUUAAAUCUUCCGGAUUAUCAUAAGAUCAUCAAACAAGCUAUGGAUUUGGGAACGGUCAGAAAACGCCUUGAGAACAAUUACUAUUGGAGUUCUAAGGAAGCAAUACAAGACUUUAAUACAAUGUUUACGAAUUGUUAUGUAUAUAAUAAGCCUGGUGAAGAUGUGGUAGUGAUGGCGCAGAUAUUAGAAAAAUUAUUCCUGACCAAGGUAGCAUUGAUGCCGAAAGAGGAAAUCGAAAUCGAAUCGACAACAGUAAACAAAAAUAAGAAAAAGUCACCUAGAGCACCCGGUCCUAGUCCGCGUGGUAGACCUACAUCGGCAAUGGGUGGAACAGUCACAUCAACAGUAACACAAAACAGUACUGUAUCGGCAACGAGUGCUGCGAGCACAACGGUUCCAGUGAUACCACCCAUCGGUACAGCUGCAUCCCUACCACCAUCAAUACCUGGAAGCACAAACACAACAACAACGGCUGCUGUGACGACCGCAACACCGCACAGUUCUCAUACGCCAACUGUUCCACCGGUUGUGCCGGCUGCUACUGUUGCACAGCCCUAUCAUGUAAAUAGUUCACAAUCGAUUGAAUCGGUUAUUCCGCCCCAACAGCCUGCCAAGGUGAAAAAAGGUGUUAAAAGAAAGGCUGACACUACAACGCCGACAGCGAAUGCUUUUGAAUCACCUUAUACAGCGAUGGAAUCGAAAAAUGCCAAAAUAGCAACAAGAAGAGAAUCUGGACGUCAGGUAAAUAAGGAAACGCCAUUCCAACAAUCCGCCUUUCCUUUAUCACCCAUGUCAGGACAUCCGUCUGGAGCACAAAAGAACAAAGAAAAACUUUCUGACGCCUUAAAGUCAUGCAAUGAAAUUCUGAAGGAAUUGUUUUCGAAAAAGCAUUGUGGAUAUGCGUGGCCAUUUUAUAAACCGGUUGAUGCUGAUCUGUUAGGCCUACACGACUAUCAUGAUAUUAUUAAAAAGCCCAUGGACCUAGGUACAGUCAAACGUAAAAUGGAUGGCAGAGAAUACAAAAGUGCUCCGGAAUUCGCCGCUGACGUUCGAUUGAUAUUCACAAAUUGCUACAAAUACAAUCCGCCAGAUCAUGAUGUCGUUACGAUGGGUCGUAAAUUGCAAGACGUUUUCGAAAUGAGGUACGCUAACAUUCCGGAUGAGCCUGUUAUGAAUGCGUCGUACACGCAUGCGCAUAUUCCUAAUAAAGAAAUGGAUUCGUCGGACGACGAGUCCAGCGAUUCGGAACGUGAAUCGAAUUCGGAUGAGGAACGGAACGCUAAAUUGCUUACGUUACAAGCCCAAUUACAGUUGAUGCAGGAUGAGAUCCGAAAACUGAACGAGGAACAGUCAAACAAAAAGAAACAAAAGAAGAAGACUAAAGAUAAGAAGAAACCACCGGCAAUAACUGGAUCUAAUUCAAUACCUGGUGAUCACAAAUCGGCUGCAUUACACGAACAUUCAGCCAUAGGUCACAGUGCAACAAAGCCAGCCAAUCAAAGUGCAACAGUGAAUGCUUCACUGUCGGUGAACGCAAAUGCAACAUCUGCAACAGCGAACGCAAAGGGUGCUAAAGUGAAAGGCCAGCGACAAAAGGCUAACACAUCAGCCGCUACCGGUCCGGCGAACAAACGGGCAAAGACGUCCGCUUCGGUAACGACGGGCGCCCGUGGUGGCAGCAAAAAGAAACAACCACCAGCACCGCAUUUCGAUUCGGAGGAGGAAGAUACCGCCAAACCAAUGUCAUACGACGAGAAGCGUCAACUAUCAUUGGAUAUUAACAAGCUUCCAGGCGAUAAGUUGGGACGUGUCGUUCAUAUCAUACAAAGUCGUGAACCAUCGCUGAGAGAUUCAAAUCCAGACGAAAUCGAAAUCGAUUUCGAAACACUCAAACCAUCGACUCUUCGCGAACUGGAGAGCUAUGUUGCGUCUUGUCUUCGUAAAAAAACCCAUAAAAAACUGUCCGGCAAAUCCAGAGACGAGCAAAUGGCGGAAAAGAAGCAGGAAUUGGAGAAACGCUUACAGGAUGUUACCGGUCAACUUGGAACGGGAAAGAAACCCAAUAAAAAAGACGAAGCAACAAAAGUAGAAGUACCAUCCGGCCGACUAUCAUCAAGUUCUAGUUCAAGUGAUUCGUCAUCGUCAAGUUCAAGUGAUACCAGCUCAAGCGAUUCUAGCGAUAGCGAAGCAGGACCUGGCAGACCAUCACGAAAGAAAAACAAAAAAGAUGCGUCGUCACCUCGAAGCACGGCCAACCUAACAACGACAACAACUACAAAAACCGUCACAUCACAACAAUCGAAUCACAUGAAUAAUCAAUCAAUAUCAUCGAUUCAAACGAAUCCUAUACAAAUGCCACCACAAAACUCUCUCAACAUGACCCAGCCCAUUCAGCCUCCAAACAUGCAUCCGCAAGCUUCCUCCAACAACGGAAAACUAACAAUAUCCAAUUUGAAUCCUCAACAAAGUCUUAUUACCCACACCGAUGCACUGAAUUCUCGCAAUUCGCAUAAAAACGAUACGAAUCAGCAUCAUGCUAAUCCACAAACACCCACCAACAAUAACAUGUCGAUGAGCGGUGGUAGUAUUGUGAAUGACAAUUUAUUGCAACAGCUGGAAAUGAAAACGCAAAUGCACCACGUACCAAUACCGUCGAUGGGUGGUAAGCCGUCGGUCAUGGGUCUAAUGCCAAACUAUGAAGAUCCAGUGGAACAAUCACUUGCUUCGCUGGAACAACAGCCCAUGCAUAAAAACGACAUCGACGGAAUUCAAAAUCAUAUGGAUUUAAUGAAUGACAUGUCUUCAAUUAUAUCCAAACAGGAGGGCGGACCCAAUAUGCCAUCGCACCAGUCGCUAAUGAUGCCACAUUUAGCCUACGAUAGCAUGCAACAUAAUCACGGUGGAAAUAAUGGAUUUGGCAUUGAUUCACCGCUCACAAUGAACGGUAUGAAUAUGGGUGCAAUGGUUGGAAAUCAUCUUUCCAUGCUAGGAAUGGCACCAAUGGGAUUGAAUCAACUAUCACAGCCGAACCCAAUGUCACAGCCGAAUCCUCCAACGUCAAUAUUCGAUCCAUUACCGCAAGGUGUUCAGCGGAGUAAUUCGUCAUCAGCGAACAGUAUGCCCGUAACCCCGACUUCUGCUGCAAACAUUCGUAAAGAGGAGAAAUUCAUCCUAACACCAAAACCCAUAGAAGAACUAAUGAAUCCGAGUCACGAUAAAAAGACAUCUCCAAUCGAUGGCAAAGGUGGGGCUGGUUACGUUCCAGGAAUAAGUAAACUGGAUCACAAUCUGAAAAAUGCUAGUUCGUGGUCGUCAUUGGCUGCUGGAUCACCACAAAAUCCCCUUUCAUCGAGUAAAUCGAAGCCACCUGCCAUGGAUUCAUUCCAGCAGUUUAGAAACAAAGCCAAAGAAAAAAUGGAUCGACAGAAGAUGUUGGAGCAACAAGAAUUGCGACGAACACAAAAGGAGGCAGCUGAAAAACACAAACAAGAGCAACAUAAGCACGUUAAGCAGAGAGAUGAGGUUGAAGUUCCUGCGAGAAAACCGGCUGCCGAACAAAUACCCGGGCGAGUGAUUGAAGAUAUCAGAGCUUCUCCACAAGGCGGUUGUUCACCAGGCACACCAACAACACCAUCGGAACGAGCUGCUCAGAAGAGAGCCGAACUCCGUCGCAUAGAACAAGAGCGUAGGAGAAGAGAAGCUAUGGCUGGACAAAUAGAUAUGAAUAUGCAAAGUGAUUUGAUGGCAGCCUUUGAGGAGUCUCUGUAAAUUAGCACUAAAUAUAUUCAAAUGAAAUACAAAUAUUUCAAUAUGAACACACACACACACAUACUUUUUCAAUAUGGAACUUUUUUUUUCUAAUGAAUAAAUAUUAAUCAAAAACAAAAUGAAAAAAAAUGUUUUCUUUAAACAAAUGAAAAGAGAGAGAGAGAGAGAAAACAACAAAAAGCAAAAAAAGAGAAGAAGAUGGAACCUAAGAUAAGUUUUUUUUUGUGUCUUUUUGUUUUGAGAUGUGGGGUGUUUGUUGUGAUGUGAUAAAGACAAAGUUAAUGAAAAAUAUUAAUAAAAAGAAACGAACAGACAAUGCGUGUUUUAUAUAUAAAAUGAAUGAGAAAUUUUUAAUAAACAAAAUAUAAAAGCGAAGACACUGAUCUUUGAAUGGAAUUAAGAAAUUAAAAUUAAUGAAAAAAAAAAUUACAAAAAUAAAACAACAAAACAACAAAAAACAUGAAACGUAAUUCUAUUGUAAAUAAUGUUAGAUUCGUCAUUUAAGGAGUAAAAUAUUAAAAGUUAUUUUCACCACUAAAAGUUUUUUUUAGAUUAAUAUGAAUGAAUAAACAAUGAAAACAAAUAAGAAAAACCAACAGUUUUUAUCCAAUAGUUUCAUUUCAUUAUAUAGUGAAUGCUGGAGUCUUAUUUUCUUUUCUUUUUAAUUGUUUUGUUUUUCUUUUGUAAACAUUAUUGAAACACUAACAUCGUCAUUUUUUUCGCUUUUAUUUUUUUUUAUCGAUAAACAAUUUCUUAUGUGUCGUUUGGCUUUGAAAUUAAUUUUUUUAUCUUUUUUUUUCUUUAGAAUUAUUUUCUCUUAUUUUUCUUUCACGUAGGUAAUUACAUACCAUUUAUACAUUAUAAAUAAUAUCGAUGAUAAUAAUUAAACAAAAAAAAACUAAAAGAAAAAUUAAAGAAGAAAAAAAAACGUAUGAACGUACAUAUGUCAGUGUAACUAUAUAUAUAUGGAGACAAAAAAAAUUAUGAAAAAAGUGGAAAAUAAAGCAAGAAAAAUAAUUUAAAAAAAUAUUUAUAAAAAAUUUACUAAUUAAUUUAAUGAAUAAAAUUAAUUACAAAAACAGUAAAAAUGUAAACAAAACAUUAACUUUAACAAACAAAAAAAAGAAAAGAAACAAAACUUUGAAGCUCCAAUUUUCCCAUGAAAAAUGAUUGAUUGGAAAUCGAACUAGUGGGAGAAAUUAACAGGAGAGAACAGUUUGAUAACAAAAAAAAACAACAACAACAAAACUACAUAAAUCAAUUAUAAAAAGAAACUUUGAAUUUGCAAACUAAUUGCAACCAGAAG